AUGAUGUUCACCCCCCGCCUUCUCAUCCUCCUAAUCACCAUCCCCGUCCUCAUCCUCCUCGAAAUCCAGCACCUGCAUCUUCUCACCGACCCCUCCUCAAUCUCAUCAUGGAUUCCAGACGUCCUGCGCCCGAGUUCAUGGCAGCGUCCUCGUGUCCGAAUCGCUCAAGGCACGUUGCUGGGGUCCACCAUCGCCGAGAACCUGAACGUCCCCGUGGAGGCAUUUCGGGGGAUUCCGUACGCGGUGCCACCGGUUGGUGAGAGACGGUUUCGUCGCGCGGAGGCAGUUCCUGUUCCUGAGAGAGUCAACGGCGAUGGUGAUGCCGAGGAAGUCGUGAUUGAUGCGGGGAGGUUGGGGAAGAGGUGCGUUUACCUUCCUAACUCAUCUGUUGAACCGUGUUCCCCGCUUUGGGGGCGGGUUAUGGGUGGUUCUACUGGAGUCCGAUUCUCUCCAGAUAGGGAAACUAGCUGA